UCUAUAAGCUUUUCAUGCUGUAAGGUGCAGCCCUUUUUUUUCAUUUGUUAGCAGACUGCACACUGCUCAAGCUGCUCACACACGCAAGCUGCUACAGUCCGUUCUUUACUUUCUGUGAAGACUGAAACUAUGGAUUUAGUGACCUGGCUGAGAGAGGAGGCCCAGCUGAAGAAGAUGGUUCUGGUUAUUGUGUUUAUCGCCUUGUUCCUGGAUAAUAUGCUACUGUCAGUUGUUGUGCCAAUCCUUCCAAAUUACCUGUACAGUACUGGCCAGGCUGCCAACACCAGGUCUGGGAACAGCACUAUCAUAACAGUCAAUCCUCCCAUCAUCCAGUCACUCAGUAACAGAUCAGUGAUUCUGGGCUCCACAUUUGGACCUCCACAUCAGAACACAGCUCUUUCCAGUGAUCCCAAUGUGGCCCUGAAAUCUCCUGAGUCAAACUGCUCUGAUGCAGAUCCUCAGCUGGACGAAGUAAAUAUCAAAGUAGGACUGCUGUUGGCCUCCAAGUCCAUGGUACAGCUUAUCAUUAACACCUUCAUCGGGCCACUUACUGACAGGAUUGGAUACCACAUCCCACUGUGUGCUGGUUUCUGCAUAAUCAUCUCCUCGACUACCUUGUUUGCCUUUUCAUCCAGCUACAUCCUACUGCUGCUGGCCAGAUCAGUGCAAGGUGUAGGUGGAUCCUGCUUGUCUGUGGCAGGAAUGGGUAUGCUGGCUGAUGUGUACAAAGAUGACAAGGAGAGAGGGCGUGCAAUGGGUAUAUCCUUCACUGGUUUGGCCUUAGGAUUGAUAGCGGGUGCUCCAUUUGGCAGUGUGAUGUAUCAGUUUUUGGGGAAGAUGGCUCCAUUCCUGGUCCUGGCUGCCAUUGCUGUGUUGGGUGGAGGUUUACAUGUCCUCAUCUUCAAGCCAUCGCAGGUGCAAACACAGAUGGAAAAAGGGACUCCACUACUGACUCUCCUCAAGGAUCCAUACAUUCUCAUUGCUGCUGGAGCCAUAUGUUUCACAAAUCUGGUUGUUGCCACAACAGAGGCAGCCCUUCCUAUCUGGAUGAUGAAGACCAUGUGUGCGAGCAAAUGGCAGCUAGGCACAGUCUUCUUGCCAGACAGCUUAUCCUACCUCAUUGCAUCCAACAUCUUUGGUCACCUGUCACAAAAACACAGUGUAAGUUGGCUAUGUGCUUGUGUUGGAAUGAUCCUAAUGGGAAUAACCACCAUUUGUUUUGGAUUUUCCAAGAACAUCUAUCAUCUGCUUGUUCUGAAUGCAUUUGUUGGCUUUUCAGUUGGCACAGUGGACUCCUCAGUUAUGCCUCUUAUGGGAUACUUGGUGGACCUGAGAUAUGUGCCAGUAUAUGGUGCAGUAUAUGCCAUUGCUGAUGUUGCAAUCUGCAUUGGAUUCUGUAUAGGUCCAGCUAUUGCAGGUCCUAUAGUGUCAUCAGUUGGCUUCCCCUGGCUCAUGGCCGUAAUUGGAGCCGUAAAUAUAAUCUUCGCUCCACUAUGUAUCUUCCUUUUCAGACCGCGACAGGAGAAACCUUUGCUGAUGUUGCAAGAAAGUGUUGGGAUCUCUCGACAGAUUAUGUGCUCAUUUGUUUCGCACUCAAAACUGGCCUCCUCUGGGCCAUCAUCGUGGGAGUAUAGCGAUGGAUCACUUGUCAACACAGAAGCAGUGAAUGGGGAUCUGUGA